CCGCGGGGUCCACACCCCACCGCGCGUGGCGGGCGCCGCCGCCGACGCCCCGGCCGCCGCGCCUCGGCGGCCGGGCGCUGCCGCGGGCCGCCCUCCGGGGGAUGUACGGGGAGACCGAUGCGCACCCCUCCGGAUACGGCCAGGGUAAUUCUGGCUUCUCUGGCAUGCCGCUGUGGAAAGUUCAGCAGCAGACGCAGCACAAGGAGAUGGUGAAAGCCGCACAGCAGAAGUACUUGGACGAACAGGAGGCGCUGCGGGCGGAGAAGCAGAAGCAGGACACCGAGCUCCAGAAGGGCCACCAGCUCGUCGCGGAUGCGGCUGUCUGGCCCGGGAGGGGCAGCAGGCUCGCCCGGCACGUCGUGGUGCGCGACCUGCGGAAGGUCGCGGGCGCGCUGAACAUCCAGCUGCCCUCCCAGGGCGUCUUCGCCGCGCCGGGCCCGCGCGCGCUGCUGGCGCUCUUCGACGGCCACGGGGCGGGCGGCCAGGACCAGGACCCGAAGGUCGUGGAGAUGUGUUGUCGCUCGCUCCCGACGACGGUGCUGCGCAACCUGGCGCCGCUGUGCAACGCCCCGCAGUGCACGCCGGCGUUUGUGAAGGCGACGCUGCUGAAAACUUUCGAGGACCUGCCCGCGCCACCCGCGGGGUCGGCGCCGUGCAGCGCCGCAGUGCUGCUGGUGGUCGGGGACACCGCUGGGGGUGGGGGUGGGGACUCCUCCACCCCCACUUCCACCUUCACCUCCUCCUCCUUCUCCUCCUCCUCCUCCUCCUCCCC